AUCACUCCAAACCACUGUUAUCGGAAGAUGACCCACUUCUAACUCUAUCAAGGUACAAGGUUCGGCAAACAGGACCUCGCCGAAUAUACAAAAAGCGUCUGAUCGGAGUACGGCACACCACUCUUGUCAGUGUUAGAAGCAGAAGUUUGGGUGACUACUUUUUUGUGAUCUCGCCUUCUGUCGUAUAAUUUACCGACGAAACGCUAACUUCACCACUUCUAGCCUACGCUGUCGUACUCAGAGCAUCUGCAGCAUGCGAGUAUGUGUAGCAGUUACAUUGGUGAUCGCUGUCGUAGCGAUUUUGGCCAACCAAAUUUUGGCAGUCAGCGUGCAAACGCGUGAGAUCGAAACACCCUUGCGGACUUGCAAGUGGUACCAGGCCCUGUGCCGAUUCAUCAACCCGUGUUGGUACAAGCGAGAGUGUCUUGGCUACCCAGAUGCUGUCUGCCAGGUAGAUCUGUGUGAAUGUCGGGCUGAGUUCUACGUUGGGGUGCAGAAAAUCGAUUGCCAAGAACCCGACAGUGAUGGGACCCCACGCGAGCAACCAGAUCCAGACUUGCCAGGUAUCCCAGACCAAGGUUGUGAGCCAGUGGUCUGUCGCCUCGGCUGUCUUGAUGGCUACGUUAAAGAUAGCAAUGGUUGUGAAAUCUGUGAAUGCAUUGAGCCUGCGGACAGGCCAGGGUUUUGUCCGGCUGUCCGGCCGGGUAUGGUGUCCACCUGCGCCAUUGAGUGCUCCAGUGAUGCCGCCUGUGACGAAGGGGAGAAGUGCUGCUCCAAUGGCUGCGGCCAAGUUUGUGUCCCAGCUUGUUCUGGGAAUCUUUGCCGAAUCAACUGUGCUCCUUUUGGAGGGUUUGCCAGGGACGCCAACGGUUGUGAGAUCUGCCGCUGUAUGAACAUGGAUUUACUCAGAGUCUGCCCAGCCAUCAACCUGAACGUUACCGCUAUUUGUAUAGACAACUGCGAAGUGGAUGAUGACUGCUCCAAUGAGGGAGAGAAAUGUUGCAGCAACGGAUGCGGCCAUACCUGCGUGAGAGGUUGUGAACCAGUGCGGUGCAGAAUGUUUUGCGAGCAUGGCUUCGACACAGAUGAGAACAACUGUGAAAUAUGCAAAUGCAAGACACCACCAGGUUGCUCGGAGGUGACAUGCCGCUUAGGCUGCAAGUUCGGCUAUGAGCGAGAUGAGAACGGCUGCGAGAUCUGUAGCUGCUUCUUUCCCCAGGAACUCGAAUCCAGGGGUUGGGUUGCCACGUACGGACGAGGCCACGGUGAUGCUGGUCAGUGCCCGUCUGUCGAGGACACUGUGGGCAUCUGUAUCCUGGCCUGCAUGGCAGACGACGAUUGCAGAGAGGGGCAAAAGUGCUGCAGCAACGGCUGCGGAAUGGUCUGCCAAACACCUUGCUCUAGUGUGAGGUGUCGGAAGGCCUGUCGCUUUGGAUACGUGAAGGACGAAAAUGGAUGUGAAAUAUGCCGCUGCAAGAAACCAAAAAUUAAGUUUGGUAAGUGCCCAGCCGUACCAGAGGGCAUUGUUGGUACCUGUGCCAACGAAUGCGAGAGUGACGACAACUGCAGUGAGAGAAACAUGAAGUGCUGCUCCAACGGAUGCGGACGAACCUGCACAACAGCAUGUACCCCUGUCAGGUGUCGUCUGAGGUGCCGAUGGGGCUUUGCCACCAACAGUGAUGGAUGUGAGAUCUGUGAAUGCUUGCCCAGCCCAGAUGUCAAGCCGGGCCAGUGUCCAGCAGCUGUUCCAGAUUUAGUGGCAGGAAUUUGCGUAACAGAGUGCAGCAGUGAUUCUGAUUGCGCUGGAGACCUCAAGUGUUGCAGUAACAACUGUGGUCAGGUUUGCGUAUCAGCCUGCCCUUCGUUCAAGUGCUUGAUAAAUUGCCCCUUUGGAUUCUUGGCGGACAAAAAUGGAUGCCAAGGCUGUGAGUGCAGGCCCCCUUCUGUAGAGGGAAUCCCCAAAGUGUGUCCAGUCAUUGAGGCUGACGUGGUGGGAAGUUGCGUUGAAGAUUGUAGUGACGAGAGCCCCUGCCCUUCAGGGCAGAUUUGCUGCUCCAAUGGUUGUGGACAUACUUGUGUAGAAGGUUGUUCUCCUGUUUUGUGUCGAAUGUUGUGUCCCAGUGGUUGGGCAGUGAAUAAAGAGGGCUGUGAAAUCUGUGAAUGCAAGGAAGCGCCAGCUGGGCUUCCUGAGCUACCAAAGGUUUGUCCAGUCAUUGAGGCCGACGUUGUGGGAAGUUGCAGCGAGGAUUGUAGUGACGAGAACCCCUGCUCUUCGGGACAGAUGUGCUGCUCCAACGGAUGUGGACACACCUGUGUAGAAGGUUGCCUGCCUGUCGUGUGUCUGAUGUACUGCCGCUUUGGUUGGGACCGAGAUGGAAGUGGUUGUGAAAUCUGCAGAUGCAAAGAACGCCCCUCUGAUUGUAAACCACUGCUGUGUCGUCUUGGCUGCCGCAACGGCUACCAGACCGACGAAAACGGCUGCGACAUCUGCAAGUGCAAAGGUGCCCCCAGUGUGUUCAGCGGGCCAGACAUCUACAGCUUGCCCAUUCCAAGGUCGUGUCCCGUUGUCGCAGAGGGGGUCGGGGGCAUUUGCAGUGAGGAAUGUAGUGAAGAGAACCGCUGCCCUGCCGGACUACUGUGUUGCUCCAACGGAUGCGGGCACAGUUGCAUCAGAGGUUGUCGUCCAGUGAUGUGUCGAAUGUAUUGCCCCUUCGGGUGGGAUGUUGACGAGGAGACAGGAUGCGAAAUCUGCGCGUGUAAGAGGCCCACCACAGAGCUAUUCUGCCCAAUGCUGCCUGUGCAAGGACCCCAGUUAGAGAUAUGCAUCGAGGAAUGUGGGCCCGACAACCCCUGCACACAGGAGGGUUACACAUGUUGCAGCAAUGGCUGCGGACACACCUGUGUUGAAGGCUGUCCUCCGAUACAGUGUAGACGCUACUGCGAGCAUGGCUUCGCCAAAGAUGCAAGGGGCUGUGAGAUCUGCUCCUGUGCAGCUCCACCUGUCGAACUGACAUGUCCGCCAGUCCAAGAAGGUGUAGGCGGAAUCUGCUCCGACGACUGCCAGUCAGAUGAGGAGUGCCAAGUCAACGAGAAGUGUUGCUCCAAUGGGUGUGGCCAUUCCUGCAUAGAAGCCUGUCGACCAGUCUUGUGCUAUAUGUACUGCAGAUACGGCUGGGCCAGGGACAAGCGAGGCUGUGAAAUUUGCCAGUGUGCUGACGAACCAGGGAGUGACCUGCUGUGCCCUGUGCUUGAGUCGGGCACUGCCGGACUUUGUGUGGAGAGCUGUGGUGCAGACAACCCUUGCUCAGGGGAAACUGAGAAAUGCUGCUUCAAUGGAUGCGGACAUACCUGUGUUGAAGGCUGCCAACCCGUUUCAUGCAGGAUGCAGUGUGAGCACGGUUGGGCUCGGGAUAAAAGAGGAUGCGAGAUCUGUGAAUGCCAUCAACCACAAGUUUGUUUCACACCUCAGUGCUCGGAGGAUUGCCCCCAUGGCUUUGUGUCAGAUGAGAAUGGUUGCUUAACAUGUGACUGCUUACCUUCCCCAGAUGAGUUGGUGUGUCCAGAACCCAGGGAAGGGACUUUUGGCAUCUGCAUGAACUCCUGUAUACCCGAUUCGCUAUGCGACACAGGCAAAAAAUGCUGUCACAACGGCUGUGGCUACCAGUGCUUGACAGCCUGUGUCCCUGUUGACUGUGGUCUGACUGGAUGCCAGUAUGGUCGAGCCAAAGAUGCGAAUGGAUGCGAGACUUGUCAUUGCAAUCUGCCUCCUGCAGACUUCUGCAACAACGGCAAGGUAUACCAGACAUGUGGUAGCGCCUGCCCAACGACCUGUGCAAUUGUCCGCAAAGGCCAGCCAAUAGCUUGCACCUAUCAAUGCAAAGUUGGAUGUGCAUGCCCGCUGGGUACCGUGCUGGACUCGGACGACAUGUGCGUGGAGGAGGCCAACUGCGGGUGUCUGUAUGACACCAAUGGUGACGGUGAAAAUGAGUACUUCCAGCUUGGUGAAUCCUUUGUUGUGGGCAGUGAACAAUGCCAGUGUCGUCGCGGUGGGCAGGUGGCAUGCGAAUCAGUCUGCCCCCCGACCAACUGUGCCCCGACUGGAUGCCGUUACGGUCAUGCCGUGGAUGAGAACGGAUGUGAAACUUGUAGCUGCAAUCCUAGCCCUGAAGAGCCCUGCGAACCUGUUAAGUGCCGACGUCUUUGUCGCUACGGGUUCAAGAUGGAGAAUGGCUGCCCCGUCUGCAAGUGCAAUUACCCUCCGAUAAAGUUCUGUGUUCCUGUGCAGUGUAGAAUGUACUGCAGAUACGGUUUUGCUGAAGAUGAAGAUGGCUGUGAAAUCUGCCAAUGUAAUCCACCUCCUGAUGUGGUGUGCGAAAACGGCAAAGUCUACGAGCAGUGCGGCAGUGCGUGCCCAGAGACCUGCCAGAGCAUCCGCAAAGACGAGGACGUUGCCUGCCCAGCUGUCUGUGUUGAGGGCUGCUUCUGCCCCCCCGGCACCAUGCAGGACUCGGACGGGAUGUGCAUCAAGCAGAAGCAGUGUGGUUGCCUGUUUGACGCUGACAGCAAUGGCGAGAAGGAAUACUACCGGCUGGGAGAAUCCUUCCACGUGGGCAUCAACAAGCGCCAGCGGUGUCAGUGUCGUCGCAAUGGCCUAGUGAUGUGCACACUCAGGAGAAGGCACUACCACCCUUGAAAAGUACCACACGAAAACAAGACCUGAAAUGGUGGAGAGUUAUGUCGGCAACCCAAAUUAGCAGACAAACGAUAUAGGUUUAGUUUUUAGGGGGGGUUGGUAGUGGUAGAUCAAAUGUAACCAAAUAUGAAGCUCAUUUUUCUGAAAUAUAGUUUGUACCAACUAAACAAGGGAUUGCCGAUGAACUGAAACAAAUCAGGUUUUUUAUAUGUAGCAACUUGUAUAACAAAUAUCAUUAUUGGUUCGUUAUAUUUUAGGUAGUCCAUGAUUGGCAAGUUGUGGCUAUAUUCACUAGUAAAGGAAUAUGUAAGCAACAAAAUAGAAUAAUCCAUUCAGCCCUGUUGACUGCCUGUCCGGAUGGGGAACACAUGCACCCCUCUGUUGCUAUACUGUGUGUCUAGCCACGCACAUUACAAGGGCAUGCGUGUAAGCCUAUCAUCAGACAUCCUGCUACACUGUCAUCGCUGUGAUUGUUUAGCUAAUGCAAUUACAAGUCUGGCUUACCAUUGUCAAAUUGGGAAGAUUGACGUUCACCCAUGGGUGCCAAUUUCUUGACUCUGCUAAGCGCAAAAGUAAUAGCUUACCAUAGACAAUACUUAGCAGAGACAAGAUACAGUACACAAUUCCAUUAAACAUUAAUUGUUUGUAUUCUUAGCAGGUAUUUGCUCAGCAAUGUAAUUCAGAGCUCAGUGAAAUAUGGCGCCGGAAUUGAGAAAUGGAUGGGAACAGAAAGUGAAAUAACAUAUAUGAUAUGAAUCUUCUUAUAACGGUCUGUACACUGCAGAAUCAGUUUUAGGGUGUUUUUCAGAAAAGGGAAUUCCUUUUAUAAUAUUGUUUACUGGCUUAGUGUAGUUAAGGAAUCUUUUGCGGAGAACUUCAUUUGUCAUAAAUAAAUCAAAAGAGAGUGUUUUGAGUGGGAUAAAUGAUCUUUAUGAAUGUUCUAUCGCUAUUAUAGUUUGUUGAUUGCUCUAAUGUGUGGUUUUUAUUCCUGGUAGUUGAAAACUACUUUUACUUUUCAUAAUGCUUCAUGUGUGUGAUGAAUUAGAUCUUCAAAGAUAAGCUGUGUAGACUAGGAAGAUGCAUUGUUGAAGAGCUGAUCAACUAUCAUACAGACAAUAAUAGGGCAAAGAGCCUAGUAGGUGAACUUGGACACCAUAUUAAAGUUGAAAAGUUAACAAUUUUAUAAGUGAAUGUAUGUGGUAGAUCCAGGCUUAGUCACUUUCAUGAGUAAAGUGGAAGCAAAUUUUACAAUUGUAUGAAACAAAAUUUCUAGAUUCGGUCACCUGGAAUUAAUCAUGCUGUACAAUAUUUCAAUUGUCUAAUAGAAAAGGUAUCAUCUACUUUCCUUGUUUUAGUGGGGGUUUUCCAUGUCGAACAUUCAGAUGCCAGUGAACAAAUCUUCACAGUUUUACUCAACUGAAAUGUGAAAUAAUUUAAAGAUUUUGCCCGGUUAGUUUUGAUACCACAGAUCUUUAUUGCAUUGGACCUAAUAAAUAACUCUAUUGACUAGUGUUGAACAGCUCAAA